AUGACGGAUAGCUACAACUCCAGCAACACCCUCGGCAACGAGCGCAGCGGCCAAACCGGCACUGGAUCCAGUGGCCUUGCUGGCUCUGGUACAGUUUCCGGCGUCAAUCCCAACGAGCUCACUGGUGCAAGAGCAGACGCCCUCGAACACUCCCACCACGGCGGUGACCAGCUCGGUAGCGUGCGAGCUGAUCACGGCGAUUCUCGGGGUAUGGACUCCAGGCUUGGCGGCGACCAUCACACUGGGACCGGACACACAAGCCACACCGGUCGUGAUGCCACCCUAGGCGCAGGGGCAGGAGCCAUUGGCACUGGAGCACACGAGAAGCAUCACCAUGGCGAUAGCACAUCCCGCUCAGGCCUGACUGGUAGUGGUAUGACAGGCGGUGGUCAGCACGCAGAGAUGUACGGCGGAUCCAGCAAGAGUGUCGACAUGCCAGAUGCCACCGGUCGCCAUGGCCAGUUUGGCGAGAUGGGUGAGAAGAGUGCUUCAUUGAAGGAUAGGCUAGUGGGUGCUAUCACCGGACACAAGCCUGCUGAGAAAGAUACCCAGCGAUUCGAGCCUGCUGGUACUGAAGGCGAGAGCAAGCACCACGACAAGCAUAGGGCUGAGGAAGGUGCAGUCGCCGGAGCUGGUGCGGGUGCUCUUGCGUCUCACGAGCAUAACAAGCAUGACAAGCAUCAUGACACCCGCGAUAAGCAACACGGCACACACGGCACACACGACAAGCAUGACAAGCACAGAGCUGAAGAAGGUGCGUUGGCCGGGGCUGGUGUAGGUGUUGGUGCCGGUACCCUAGCUGGCCGGGAGCAUGAGCGAGGCAGCGGGCUCGACGAAGCAAGAGAGCGUGGGGCAGGCUACGAGACUGGAAGCAACCCUCAUCACGGCCUAACAUCAUCCACUGGUAAUGAUGUAGCCAUCGGUGGUCGUGCUCCAGUAUCUGACCCGAUACGCGGAGACCCUGCUCUUAUGUCGACUGGAGGCGAGCGCGGUACAGGUCUGGGCUCAUCUACUACAGGUACUGGACUUGGUUCGACUACCACGGGUCUCGGCGCGUCCCACACAGGUUCAGGUCUCGGCUCCUCAUCAGGGACAGGUCUAGGCUCAUCUUCCACCAGCACCGGCCUUGGCUCAUCCACUCUUGGGCAAGGAGCACACGAUCAGUCCAACUUGAGUGCUGGUCAGGAAGGUCUGAUUCACGGCCACCACACCACCAUGAUCGGUGAAGUACUAGAUCCCCAUUUGGGACAGAGCUCUGAGAAGCGACUGUAG